CGCUUCCGGCCUGGUGCGUGCUCCCUGCGUGUGACUUGACGCAAGCAGCUCGUCUGUGGCUGCUGCUGGCUGCUGCAGGCGUGCUUAUUUGCGGCAGCGGAGAUACCUCUGCGAAAUGCCUUUUGCCCGGCAGUUUUUUGGGGGUUUUGUUUUGUGUUUCGCGAGGGUCCCACCACAGUGUUCGUAGCCAUGCUCUGCGCUGGAUUCAGCGGGCUGUCCUAGCUGACUGAGCCGCUCCAGCAGCGGUGGGUCCGGUGCGGUGCACAGCCGGGGAUGAGGCCUACUUGUUAAAGCUCCCCCACCACCCCUCCAUCGCGAUGGCUGAUGAUCAACAACAACCUGGUCAGAAGCCUGCCUCGGGAUUAGGCUCUCUUCCAGCGCUGGUGCCAGGACUCCAGGGGCCCGAGGCUAACGCGUUACAGUUCAAAAUAAAGAAUUCAAUUUGCAAAUCUGUACAAUCAAAAGUGGACAGCAUAUUGCAAGAUGUUGAGAAGUUUACAGACAUCGAAAAACUCUACCUCUACCUUAAGUUGCCUUCUGGUCCCAGCAGUGGCAAUGAUAAAAGGACUGAGAAUGAGAGGGGGUCGUCCACUCCUGGAUUAUGUGAUCAGAGUUCCAUGUCGUCAAGCCGUACUCAACAGAUGUAUGCUUUCAACUGGAUACGCAAUCACCUAGAAGAGCACCCAGAGACUUCCCUCCCAAAGCAAGAGGUGUAUGAUGAAUACAAGAGCUAUUGUGACAAUCUCGGCUACAAUCCACUGAGUGCAGCAGACUUUGGAAAGAUCAUGAAGAAUGUCUUUCCUAACAUGAAGGCACGCCGGCUGGGAAUGAGGGGCAAAUCCAAAUACUGUUAUAGUGGGUUGAGGAAGAAAGCUUUCGUUCACAUGCCUUCCUUACCCAACCUGGAUCUGCAGAAAUCUGGUGAUGGGUGUGAGCUGAUGGAGUCGUCGGGCCAGUCUCCGAGCGCUGAGGAUGAAAUGAGGUCUGCAGCCUGUGGACUGGUGUGUGAGUGGGCUCAAAAGGUCCUGAGUCGUCAGUUUGACAAUGUGGAGGACCUGGCUCGCUUCCUGCUUAACAGCCACUACAUUGGUACUAAAUCCAUGGCUGCACUCACUGUUAUGACCGGGACUCCCACAGGAAUGAAGACGCCAACUCCAGCCUCUGCAUUUGUGCCCACAGCGGAAGCAAACUCAUUCCAGCCCCAGGUGAAAACCCUGCCCUCUCCCUCUGUUGAUGCAAAGCAGCAACUGCAACGCAAGAUCCAGAAGAAGCAGCAGGAACAGAAGCUCCACUCACCUCUGCCCAGUGAGGCCCAGGUCAAGAGAACAGAGGCCAGUACCCCUGGCCCCACCAUCCCCGGUGGCAGUCCUGCUCUGCUCUCCCCCCAGCCCACUAUCGGCAUCGUAGUAGCAGCUGUCCAAAGCCCAGUCACGGUACAGAGAAACAGGCAGUUGAUGACCUCACCCAGUCCUGUAGGGACGACGGAAGGAAAAAUGCUGCCUGUGAACUUCCAAGUGGUCACUCAGUCUCUUAAACAGUCCCCCAAAACUCCCCAGAAUAUCUCAGCUAGUCCUGUAGGUGACCGUCUGGCACGACACGGUACGCGGUAUGCCCAGAUCCUGCCCAAACCCUCUGCCACCAGUGCGAUCACACUGCGCUCUCCCCCAACCCUGCUCAUUACCAACAGCCCCAUAAAAACUGUGAUGCCCACUUCCCACGUUAGUUCGGUGAAUGUGGUGAAGAUGACGGCCAUCGCUCUGGCUCCCAGCAGCAGUAGUAACAGCAGUACAACUGCAAGUACCAUAGUUCACUCAGACGAUUCCCUGCACUCUCAUGGUGGGACUGUAGUGGCCUCUCAGUCUCAUGCAGUCAGACCCAGUGCCCCUGUCUUCACCCAAACCCUCUCUGCUGACACCAAAGUGGUGUCUGACGUCGGCAGUGACAGUCACCACACAUCUGCCACAGAGAAAACUGCUGGUGGAGCCAAAGAGGAGAGAAUAGCUAAGUUCAGGGCUGCCAGUGAGCCAAGCUUCUUGGUUAAGUGUUCUCCAGGACAAGACAAAGGGACACGGAUGAAAAGCGACCCCACAUCCCCUCCCACCUCUAUAGCUGUAGCUGGGACUCAGGACAGCAAUAACAGUAACUGCCAUGACAGUACGUUGUACUUGACUGUUGAUAAUCAAAACUCCAAUGGCAGUGCGUCAUCUAAUGGCUCCUCUGCUGUUACCCCAACAUCGAAGGAUCCCUGCCAAGAUGCCAAGAGUCCCAGGAAGCGCACAGGUGGGGAGACCCACGUGAUUCCUGUGAAGAGGGUGUUUAUUUCCCAGCAGCCACUGGCUAUAGUUGACAAUCCCAAACCUGGGGUCAGUGCUGCAGUGAAGAGGAUCCCUAGACCAGGAACCCCUGCCAGACCAGAGAGUGCUCCCUGCAAAGUGACUGUAAAACAUACUUCUAUAGGGCCCACCCAGAUCCUUGCACUGUCCGACUCGCCCAUCACGCACACUGAGGGCACCCAGACUGUUGUCAAACCCCAGGACAUGGGGGUGAAGCAUGAAGACCAUACCCUCAGCCCUAGUACCAGCACUGGAGCUGCUGGAAAUAGCACAUCUGACCAGGUGUUGCUGCAGCAGAUCACUGGGGACCCUCGUGCCAUACCAGCCAACUCAGGACCACACGAAGCCUCUGUGAUGGGUGACUUGAAGAGCACAAUGUGGGAGGAGGGACAGCUUGAUGAGCUUCGUAAGCAGGCAUUUGCCCAGCAGAUACCAACAGAACACAAACAAGCCCCCACUGACCAACUUACCAUAAUAGCUCAACCCCCUGAGUCCUCAGGCCAGCUCAGCCUCGCGCAGGAGAUGGUUGACUUUGCAGGUUCUCAGCCCAACAUGGACUAUUUUCCGUUCAAUGAUGAUGACAUGACCCAGGACAGCAUCGUUGAGGAGCUUGUCCAGAUGGAAGAGCAGAUGAAGCUAAAGGGUCUGUUUGCUAACUGUGUUGAUGUGUCCCUACAAGGUCAGUCAGCCAGCAGUCAAGGCUCUAUGCUCAAUGCUCACCAGGCAAGUACCACCUUUUAUCACUCUGCCCACAGUAGUACCACUCCAGUCCAAACUCCCACUCCAACACCGACACCAACUCCGACACCCACCCCCACUUCUGAAAUGACACUUGCACACAGCCUGACCAGAGAGAGCCCCUGCUCCCGCAUGGCCCCCAUCACCCCUGUGGAUGGAGCCAUGGGUCGCCACACUCCCAUCAGCACACCAUUGUCCAACUGCAGCAGCAGCGUUCCUCCAAGCCCUGUGGAGUGCAGGAACCCUUUUGCUUUUACUCCCAUUAACUCGAGCAUCACAGGUUAUCAUGACGCCAGUAUUGUGUCCAGCAGCCCUGUCAAGCCCAUGCAAAGGCCCAUGGCAACACAUCCUGACAAGGCCAAACUGGAGUGGAUCAACAAUCGCUACAACAGCAACUCUGCAGGUCCUUUGUCCAACCAUAGCAUUGGCAUUCUGCCCAGCUACCAAGACCUGGUAGAUGAUCAGUUUCGUAAGCCACAUGCAUUUGCAAUUCCUGGACAAGCAUUUCAGUCUCAGACAAGACAAGAUGCUGCUCACUUCGGCCGUUUGACUCCCAUUUCCCCAGUGCAGCAGCAACAGCAGCAGCAACAACAGCAGCAGCAGCAGCAGCAGCAGCAGCAAAUGGUAACAGGCGUAACCACUCCUACUAAACAGGAGAGUUUUGCUGUACCUGCACCAUUAGACAACAAAGCCUCAACCUCAUCUGCGUCCAGUACUUUCCGUUGCCGCAGUGUUAGUCCUGCAGUGCGCCAGAGGAACUUCAGUGGCAACACUGGCCCUCAAACCACCACCACGAGUACCACCACCACGACUCGAGCCGUGGUCUCACCCUUUAACUCCCCUAUCACCUCUGAGGUGCUCAACAUCCUAUCCAACACCCAGACAGUCAGCACUGUCCACAGCAUGGUCCAGCGUAGCCAGUCUGUACCUCUCAACAUCAUGAUGCAGAGUGAGAUGCUGCCUGUGCAAGGUCAGAAUAACACCGCCAAAAUCACAAAUGUUCUUCUCAGCAAGAUGGAAGCUGAUGGGGAUGACUCUGUCCGUGGUUUGGGCAUAAACAAUCUCCCCUCUAACUACACGGCCCGUAUGAACCUCACUCAGAUCCUGGAGACCACUCCCGGCUUUGCUGGAGGAACUGCUCACCAAACUCAGCUGCCCGUCAGCUCCAGUCCUGCUGCUUUUGAGCUCCAGCAGCAUGGCUACCUCACCACUGGCAGUGGAGAACAGGUGACUUUCUCUACUACGGACAGCCAAGCACAAGCGGGACCUGGUGAGCAAGACCAGACGCAGCAGCAGCAGCAGCAGCAGCUCCAGGAGAAUCCUGUGCAGACACAACCACAGCUCCUCCUCCAGAGCACACAGCAGCAGCAGCAGGAGGUGGAGGAUGAACAACAACAGCUGGAUUUCAACAACACUGUCAAGGACUUGUUGGGGGACGAUGGCCUCAACCCCAGUUCCCAGCUGGUGGGUCAGGUAGCUUCAGAGCUCAACGCCGUCGCGUCUGACUUCUCAAACGACAUCAGACUGACCUCAGAUCUGUCCAGUAGCAUCACUGACCUUAACACGUUGGACACCAACUUGCUGUUUGAUCCCAAUCAACAGCAGGAACAAUAUGAAGACUCAACACUGGAAGAACUGAAGAACGACCCCCUUUUUCAGCAGAUAUGCAGUGAUACUGUGAACUCUGGUUUUGACUGGCUAGAAAGCAAAGACCAGCCGACUACAGUAGAGAUGCUGGGCUGAUAUUAUCUUUUAUUCUGUAUGAUUUCUGUUCUCUGUUGUUUGGUUUGGUGAAUAUGUAGUAUACCUGUUUCUAAACUAUAGUUUGUUGGGAUUUGUCUGGACUUUGCCAUUUGUUCUGUUAAAAGUGCCAGGCGUACCAGAAAAUCUCUCCUACUGAUGUUUAAUUACUUCCCUCCCCUUUUCAUUUGUCAUUUGCCGGAGUUUCAGUAUUAAACCACUUUUCUCCCUCAUCUGAAAUCAGAAAUGUAAGCAUUUCAAGUAAAAAAGUGUGAGCACUCGGCAGCAUGCACUCAACAAGGAGCAGUUUCAAAUGCUACCAACAUAAAGCAAGGGUAAUCUUCAAUAAUGCAAUAUACUAUGUACUUAAUGAACAACUGAGGAAAGUGGCAUGGGUAGGAAAUUUGGCACAAAAGACUUCACCAAAAACGUAUGUUGUUGUAUACUAUUUUCAGUGUGUGCAGUUCAAGUUCAACCAAAUGGAGACAAUAUUGGUAUUGUAGUAUAUGCACAUAAUAGUUGUAGUACAUUUGCCUGCCAUAUCUGAAUAUUAAAAAGGGUGGCAUCUUACGCUGCCAGGUGCUGAAUUUAUGACAUAAUCUUUAUACUUUAUCAUAUACCAAGUCAGUGGAAAACUGAUUCACAUCUGAGCAUUGUCCAAGAGUGAAUUUUUCUUAAAAGCCUAUACUUCUUGUACUGUUUAAUAUCUUCUAAAGGGAGUAGAUGAAUCAGUAGGGAGAAGAUGGGGAUUCAGGCCAAUUUGUGGACUAUACAUUGAAAGGAAUCAACAACUGGCUGCCUUAUUCCCGAAGUCCAAGGCCUUUUGCCAUCUUCAGAGAGACUGUAUAUAGUAUAAUGUUUUAAGAUAUCUCCGAAACCAUACAAAGCUUCAUCAUAUCAAGGCAGCUGUUACUCUGAUAAUUUCAGUACUAUUUCUUAUUCUGUUCUUGUUUCGCAGUGUUACAAUAUAUAUUGUAUAGGCUAAUGACUACACUGUGUGUGCCCUUAUUAAUGGAUUUAGAGGAAUUUGAUAUGCUGUCAUAUUGUGAAAACCAUGACAGGCACACUUUCAGUCAGUCAAUUUUUUUAUUUUAUUUUGUUUUUUUUAAUUUUUUUUUUGUUUUAUUUUAUUUUGGCAUGCUAUACUCCCAGCUUGGAUGUCAAUGGUAUGGAGAAGGCUUAGUUACAAGGAAGGCUAAAGGCUGACUUGUGUGUUUUGAUGUCAUCUUGAGAUUAAGAGGAAAUUAGGUUAUUAUGUUUGUGGAGACCCGGCCUUAUUUCCAUACCAAAGAUGAUCUGUUUAAAAAUCACAAGAGAUUAUGACACAUAGAAACACUCCUAGCAAACAUUAACAUCAACGGGAAGCGGGCAGCCUCAGAGAUAUAAAAGAGUUCUAUCGCGUUGGAGGAAAAGGAUUAAGUUGCAUAAAUCUUAUGUACAGUAUGUAAAUUUGUGAAAUGGUCACUGUCCUAUGUUUUAUAGGUAACCAUGGACCUGAAAGCAUGUUGAAACCAUCACUGCUAGCCAGGUAGGCUAUGUGAUACAGUAGGAUGCUUGCUUGAGUUUUUGGCUAUUUGUCAAUGUUGUACAAGUCAUGUUUAAGCUCCAUCUGUAAAUAGGAUAGAUACAUAGAGAUUUGGUGUAUCAAGACACUAUAUUAUGGCCAUUAUCCUAGCUAAGUAUGUGCCAUUUAAAAGAAAAAAAAAGCUAAACAGAUUUAUAGUCGGCAAGAUACUGUAUGUUGUGUGUUACAUUUCUGGCUCAAUGUGUCGUAAAAGUAAUGCUGUCUGGUCUCGCUUGCUGAUUUUUUUAUUUUUUUUUUGUUUGUUUGUUUCUAUUUCAAAGAUAAUAGGUCUCUGCAGUUGCAGAAGUGAUGUGUGCUUUGAGCAGGAUCAAUAGCAUGGUAUAUUGAGAAAAAAAAAAGUUGUGAUACUGUUAGCUGGUUGCAAACAUCUCUGUGACAGACAUUGUGCUCAAGAUCUUUCGGCAGACACUGGAAAAAAACAACAACUCAUGUUUCAACAAACUUUGGAGGUUCACGUUAUUGCACUAAAUUUUUAUGACACAUGGCUUUGCCACGUCUUUAUGGACAAAUGUAAUGAUGGAUACCCGCAAAAAAAAAAGACAAAAAAUAUUUUUUAUGGCAAGAUGAGUAAGGAAAUUAAGUGAAUUGUCAGAAAAUGACUAAUUGUCUUGUAGCAAAAUGUGCAUUAAUCUCAGUGAGAUACACAUUUCUUACUCAUUCUCAUACAUGAGAAUAUAAAGCAUUGAGGGGGGAAAAAAGUUCAACCUUUUAAAACCUACAUGCUCAUUAUGUUGAUAAAUGAUUGUACGCACGCAUGUGUGAUGACUUCUGUUGUACUUUGUGUUCUUGGUAACCACUGUCUUCUGUGAUUUGGGCAGGUUCUGUUAACCAGACUGGCAGUGCUAGUUUCACGAGUUACAUUACUUUCAUUGUGUGCUGUUUACUAAGUUAAUGUUCUUCUAUAUGUUAUGUUGAUGACUGUUUUCUGAUGAUUUCACAUAUUCUUAAUUUGCAAAAUGCAUUUGUGAAGAAAGUUAACAUUUUCCUUCUUUUUCUUUAACAAUAUGGCACUGAUAUUUGAAUUUGAAUGAAGGAAAUGCACCUCUUUAUGAAUACAGAAGCUCCAUCAAGCAGUGACUGAUUCUGUCCCUUUGACUGACCCAGACCCAACUCUGUUUGACUAUCUUGUCCAUUUCUACCGGUAGGGAAAAAAAAAAAAAAAAAAAACCUCCUCUGUGGUGUUGUCUGGUGUUCUGCUUAAUGUACAGUAGCUUGUUAAUAUUGCAAACGCGUUGUUUCUUUUUUCAAUGGAAAGUACUCACUGGUGAGAUUUUUAAAGUGGUUUUAAAAGCCAAUAAACUUUUUUAAAGAAUG